AUGCGUUAUACUGGUUUUAAGUACAACAAAAAUAAAGUGAUCAACAAAAAGAAAUCAACAAAUCCGUUUGCGAAAAUGUCAUAUAGGCAAUUACAAAUAGAAGCACAGGAAAUGCUUUUGCCUGCGAAUUUUAAGCAUAAGGUGUUGCUAGCAUUGGUAAUAGCCAACUUGCAAAAUCGCCAGGACAUAGUAAAUGUGAUAUUGAAAUCGAACGUUAAACAGCGAAGGGGUUCUUCCUCCUCAAAUAAGUUCAAGACGAAUCCAAUCACACAGCCCUCUAUUAAUUUGGAAAUCCCAGCUACACAAUCAGCAAGCUUGUCACAUCCAGAAUCAGCGGCAGUGUCCCAGCUAGAUAUGGUCCCGCAAACGAGUUUUGAAAGCGGAUAUUUGAGCAUAGGUAGUGAGACUACAGACGGAGCAUUUACCCCGAUAGAAGCGCAAUAUUCGGAUACUUUUGGUAUGGUAGAUGUUUUGGAAGACAUUUUCAAUUCGUCCGAGUUUUAA